CAACUCGUAACCUUCCCCCCAAGCCUGCCGUGGCUGAUGUCUCUGGGUCUACAAUUGAAAGUAAUAGAGAAUAAUCACCAGAAUAUCGUGUUCAUUGCGCAAUCCAUCCAAGGAUGCCGCCCAGCACGCGUGACGAGUUCGAAGUCGCCAUAAUCUGCGCUCUUCCCCGCGAGGCUGACGCGGUCGAGGCGCUAUUUGAUAAGACGUACGAUAAAUCGAAUCAACUCUAUGGUAUACAAUCCGGCGAUGCAAACGUCUAUACAAAUGGAAAACUCGGUCCGCAUGAUGUCGUUCUGUGCUGCCUUCCCGGAAUAGGAAAAGGGAAUGCUGCCAGUGCCGCCUCCAGUCUUCGAGUGAGCUACCCGUCAGUUCAAUUGGCAUUGUUGGUGGGCAUCUGCGGGGCUGUUCGAUUUACAUCCGAUGGCACUCCAGUUUCUCUAGGUGAUGUGAUUCUUAGCGAUAGGGUGGUGGAGUACGACUUUGGCAGGCGGUACCCCGACGGAUUCGAGCGCAAGAAGAAUAUCAAGGAGACAUCUGGUCGUCACACCCGCGAAACCAGAGCGAUUCUUGCGGACUUGAAGACAAAAGAAACGAGAAAGCAGUUCCGCGACCGGGUUUACCAGUACCUCAGUACUCUUCAGACACAUCGAGACGGAUUAUGGCAGCGUCCUAAUAAUGAAGAUGAUACGUUAUCCGACACCUAUACCCCGUCAAUGCACAUUGGAACUAUGGGAUCUGGCGAUACUGUGGUGAAGUCAGCCGAUUACCGCAAUAAAUUGGCCACCGACGAGGACAUGAUUGGGUUUGAGAUGGAAGGCGCCGGUAUCUGGGAUAACAUUCCCUACAUAAUCAUAAAAGGCGUCUGUGAUUAUGCAGACUGCCAAAAGAACAAGAUAUGGCAAGACUAUGCUGCCGCAACAGGAGCAUCUGCUGCCAAGGCGUUCCUGGAGCAUUGGAGACCAACUAUUCGGAAUGUGAUGACUGAUUCUGACAAGCAGUGCCUUGGCAAACUUCGAUUGACGGACCCCCGAAUCGAUAAAAUUCGGAUUGAGAAAAUGAAGGGUGGUCUUUUACGGGAAUCCUCUGAUUGGGUCCUUCAAAAUCCCGUUUUCCGGCAAUGGCAAUCAGACGCGGCGGGUCAACUACUUUGGAUAAAAGGGGAUGCUGGAAAGGGGAAAACUAUGCUUAUGAUAAGCAUUAUUGAUGAGCUGUCUCAGCAGCUGCAACAAUCUCCAGAGCAAGGCAGUAACCAUUUGCUGUCUUACUUUAUCUGCCAAGGCACUGACUCGCGACUGAACAACGCCAGUGCCAUUUUACGGGGCCUGAUAUAUCUCCUUGUAAUUCAGCAGCCAUCGCUUCUUCGACACCUGCGUCAACAAUAUGAUCAGACCGGCGGCGAGCUCUACGAGCGUCCCGACUUAUUUUACGCUCUAUCGGGAGUGUUUCAAAGUAUGCUCCAGGACCCGAACUUUCCAGGAGCAUGCUUCAUUUGAGAGAUACAGUGACCACACAGUUCUCACAGGUGAAAUGGAUCAUAUCCAGUCGCAAUCGGGACGACAUCGAGCAGCGUCUACAGCUCUGUGACUCACACGAGCGACUCAGCCUGGAAUUGAAUGCAAAGCAACUUUCCAGAUCCAUCAUAACUUUCAUUAGCCACAAGGUCACACAAUU